UAUAAUAUAUAGUAUUGUUUUUAUUAUUAGAAAAUUACACAAUUCGUAUCGACGUAUAUUAAAUAAUAAUACGUGGACUGAAAUAUAUUUAAAAGAUUAUUAAAAUGUGUUAUGUUAUAAUUACUGGUCGUAGUUUGUCGUGGCUGCUAAUUAGUUUGGUUGCAUUUAUGUUAGUUUUGACCGGUAUCAUGACUCCAAAAUGGUUAAUGGGUCAACCCGUUGUGAUAAAUGACAAUAAUAUAACAGGAUUCUACGUGCCUAGUGUUGGAAUAUAUAACAGAUGUAUCCGUGGGUACAGUGAUUGUGGAUCCUUCUCCUUCUAUGGGCUCGCAACUGAAGAUAGUGUAUACCCUAAGCCUUGGAAAGCAGCAAUGUUCUUUUUAUCUCUAUGUGCUGCCAUCCAGUUUGCAACAGUGUUGGCAGGGGUACUGGCUUGCUGUGUCCAGUCAGUGUUUAAGAAGAGUGUUAUAUCACUGGCGGGUGCUACCCAGGCUCUGGGAGGUCUAUUUGGGGUGUUAGGAAUGCUGUUGUACCCUUGGGGCUGGGGUGCUGUCCGUGUGAAGAGGCUGUGUGGAAAAUACUCUGAGCCUUACAUGCUAGGAGACUGUUCUAUAGGCUGGGCCUUAUGCGUGACUGCUACAGGCGUUGCAUUGAUAUUCCUCGGCAGUGCACUCUCGAAACCGGCAGAUAAGGCGGCAAACUCUGAUAAGGUACAAUUUCAAAUGGACGAAGGCAAACAACUCAUAUGUCUGGCUUAAUUGCUGACUACAAGACUGGUAUACAAAUAUAGACUUUAUAUACUAUAUUGUAAUUUUUGUUAGUAUAAACAGCAGCUUAUGAGUAUUUUUAGUUUUAUAUGAAAAUAUAGUGGUCAUUGUGGUUAGUGGUUGUUUAGCUGCUAUAAAAAAAUGGUUGUUUAUAGUGUUGUGUUUCAUUACCUUUCGUUAUCUGAAGUAAUUUAAAACUAAAGAGUUUGUUUGUCUGAACGCGUAAAUCUCAAGAACUACUACUUUUAAUUGGAAAAAUACUUUAGUCUCGCAUCGCCAAAAAUAUUUUAAUCAAUUUAUUGAGGAAGCUAUAGGAUGUAUAACAUCACGCUACGACCAAUAGGGACGGAGCAGGACAAAAAUAUUGCAAAAACAAGGAAAAUUUAUUUAAUUUCUUUUAUGCGAGGCAGUCGAAAUCGGCGGGUUCGCUGGUGUCAUAUUAAAAUAUUAAUUAAUACUGUGAAUUGUUUAUUAUGAUUCUUUUUUGUUAUAUGACUGCUGUUUAUACUAAGACUGUUUGAUAUAUAAAAAAGUAUAUAUAGAUUUAAUUAUAUUAUUAUAUACAAAUUAUACACAAAUGUAAGAUUAUAUUUAAUGUAACAUGAUGUCAUGUGGUUAUUUGUGUGAAACAAAGUACUGAAUUAUUCUGUGGCGUAAUUAGAUGGGGCUUUCCCUACAUUGACAGAAGCUACACGUUGUAGUUUCUUUAAUUUUGUUAGGAAAUUAUUUAUUAAAUAAUAAGUAUUUCCUGUUGUCAUACUUUAGAACCAACCGCCCUACGGACUGGGGUAGUGCCCAGUGUUUACCAACGCGAGGCGCACGUUCCAAUUUAAUUUUUAAAGGGGGCAAUUUGUAAAUGUCUCGACACGAGUUUAACCCUUUUGCUCCAUCCCAUUUAAAUGCAAUACAGCACGUACGGUGCCAAAUUUAUUGAAAAAAGCAAAUUCUUAAAUAAUUUUUUUAUCACAUAAAAAUUUUAGAAAGUCAAAUAUAGGGCAUGGCACAAAUAGGUUGGGAAACACUGCUCUUGUUUGUCACCAUCGUGGUAUAAAAAAAUUGUCGAAAACGAUUUGUAGUAAUUAAAGACAUAUAAAUAAAUAUACUCAACAAAUUCUAGUAAAAAAAAACGUAUUCUUCAGCUCUCUUUGUUUAUUCUGAAAUUCAAAUAGUGAUGUUCGUAAUAAACAAUGUUAGUAAAGACAAAUUAAUUUCUUAUUCUAUGUUCUUUAAUAUAUAUUAUAAUAAUAAUAUUAAAAAAACAAUAUUAUGAACAAUACUCAUUUAAAAUAGCUUUUGUAUUUUAAAAAAGAUUAUUUUUCUCAUGUCACGAGUCUUAAAUAUAUAAUUUUUAAUCUCCUUUCAUACUACCUUCAAAAAAGACAUUUUCUGCUUGUAUAGGGUUAGUGGUAAAGGUUAUACACAACCAAAAACGUGAUAUUACUUAUGAAAACGAACUUUAUUCCGUGAGAAGUAAAGUAGAUUGUUUAAAAAAAUCUUAAUGCCCUUCAUACAAACUGGACGUCUAUAACCCGUCGUACUGAUACAAUUUAUCUUUACGUCGUAGUUUUGUCGUGAAAAGGUAGCAAAUAGACUGACAGUUCAUAUCCGUCAGGCAGGAGUAGGCCUAUAGCUGUGCUAUCGUCAGGUGAAGCUGUAAAGCUGCGGCUAACAGCAUUAGACAAAAAUCUAUAGACAUCCUUUUUAUUUGUAGUAUUAGUCUGAGGAAUAUAAUAGUUAAUUUUAAUAAUUUAAUACUCAUUUUUGUGGAGAUUCUUAUGAUUUUGUACGCUUUAAUUAUUAAAUAUUACAAAUUUAUUUCUAGAGCAUUAAUUUAUGAAUAAGAUAAUCCAGUGUUAUUAAUACUUUGUAUAGCUGAUAUUCCACUUGUUAUUAGAUGCCUUGCUUAUAUUGAUUCUUAAAGUUAUAUAGAUACAGUUAUAAUAUAAAUAAAUGAAAUGGAAACAAGCAAAAAUGACAUAUUUUUGGUAACAUUUACAAUGUUAGUUAGUGAUCAAGAUAAGAUAUACUUAUUUAAAUUAAAUAUAAUCACUGCCAUACUAUGUUACAAUUGUAACAGACUGAAAAUAUACUUCCAGUAAUUUAAUGUAUAUUUACAAUUUACAUAAAUAUAAAACUUUAAUAUUUAAUAUUGUAAAUUACAAUAUCCAGUUGAACCAGAUCUCUCUAUAUCUAUAUUUUUUAUUAUUGUCUUGUUUACAAAGUUAUACAAUUGUAAAAGACAGUUAUAUAUUUACAAUUAAAUAAUAUAAAUAUAUUCAGUAAAAUAGUUUCGUAUGAAAACCGAUAAUAUGAUAUACAGUGUUAGUACGGUACUAUGUCAGUUAUAGUAGUCAGGAAUAAAAUAUAUGAGUAAUAUUUACAAUUAGAAAUAAAUUAAAUUUAUUAUUGUAAUAUUAAUGAUCAAAACCUCUAAUCAAAUAAAAUUACAUUUAGAGUUAUUACUGUCAAUUCUACAGUUGCGAAUGACAGUGUCCAAUAUACUUCAUAUCUUAGUAAGUUAUAUUUACAAUUUACAAAAAUGUAUAUUUUAUUGUUGUAAACUCAGUUGUCAUUUUUACAACAUCAUACAGUUGUGAGUGACAUUCUAGAAUAUACUUCCAAUUAACGAUAUAAAUAAUAUUUACAGUUUACAAAAAUGUUUUACUAUUCUAAUUUUAAUAUUACAAAUUACAAUUAUUCAGUAUAUUAUAUUAUUAUUACAAAUAAUGCUUAUAUUAUCACAAAUAAUGUAUUAAACUUUUAUUAUAUAAGUAUAAUUUAAAAAUAAGUGCCAAUUACACUUAUCGCCUGAGAGUCUAUUACGAAAUGAUAAAUUAAAAAUCGAAAUGAACAUCAGCUGUAAUUUUGGAAUAUGAACUUUAUUUAUUUCAGUAUUGAACUCGAUUCGAUCGUAUUAAAAAAGCCUAAAUGAAAUUUCGUAAUGCUCUCUCAGGUAUAUGUACUAAAUGUAAUAUGAGAUAUAUAUACUCAAAUAUUAUGUAAGCAAUUUAUAUAAUUUAGUUCUUAGGAUUGGUACG